AUGAAAAAUACCAUUGAUGAUAAUAUGUAUAAAGAUAUUCAACCUGAAGAUCAUAUUAUAGACGUUAAUAUGGAACAAAAGUCUUUUAUUACAUCUAUUCAUGAUAGAGAUUUACAUAAUGGUGACGAGGUUAAUUAUAAUAUUAAUAUGGAUGGUCAAAAAAAUAAGACUUUUUCAACUAAUACUAAGGAUGAUCCAACAUACGUUUCAAAUAAUGUAUAUAGUGGUAUAGAUAUAACCAAUAAUUCAUUAAAUGGCAACCAUCAUGUUGAUAGUUAUAAUGAGUUGCUCAAAGGAAAAGAAAAUGAAUUAUUCGGGACAAAACAUCAUACAAAAUGUACAAAUAUAUAUAAUGUUGCAAAACAUACAAAUAGUGACGACCCCCUACUAAACCAACUGGAACUAUUCCAUAAAUGGUUAGAUCGACAUAGAAAUAUGUGCGAAAUAUGGAAAAACAAUAAAGUGGAAAUAUUAGAUAAAUUGAAAGAAGAAUGGAAUAAAGAUAAUAAGAAAAAUAAUGGUGAAAAUAAUAUUAACAAAAUGUUAAGUACUGAUGUUUCGAUACAAAUAGAUAUGGAUAAUCCUAAACCUACAAAUGAAUUUAGAAAUAUGGAUACAUACCCUAAUAUUUCUAUUAUGGAUAAUAUCUUGGAUGAUCUGGAAAAAUAUAAUGAACCCUACUAUUAUGAUACUUAUGAAGAUGAUAAACCAUCUGUGGAUGAUAACAUAUAUGUUGAUCAUAAUAAUAAGGAUCUACCUAGUAAAGUACAAAUUGAACUACAUGUAAAUAAUAAGAUUGUGAAAGAGAAAUAUCCUAUAGCAGAUGUAUGGAAUAUUUAA